GGGAUUUGGGAUUUGGGAUUUGGGAGGGAAGAACUGAGGAGGUUUCUUCUUCUUCUCUCUCUCUCAGACAAAAAACCCCCAAGAGUCAACAAAGCCUCAAGAGUUACACAAGUUAGAAAAGGGUGACCUUUUGCAUGACUUUAUUCUAAGAUCAACAUCGACAGCGAGAGAGAGAGAGAGAGAGGUGAUGGAAUUAGUGGAAUUCUUGAUCAGAUAGCUUGUAAGAAAAAGAAGAAGAAGAAGAUCUCUCUAUUGUCUACUCUGCUCAUCUCUAUCUGGGUUUGUAUUUUGCGAGUUUUCCCUCUUUGAUCGGCAAGUGAUCGAUCGAAAAAAUGCACGCGAAGACCAAUUCAGAGGUGACGAGUAUGACGGCAUCGUCUCCACCGAGGUCGCCUCCUCGAGGACGGCCGGUUUACUACGUGCAGAGCCCAUCGAGAGACUCGCAUGAUGGGGAGAAGACCAAUGGAUCGGUUCAUUCGACGCCGGUGAUUAGCCCUAUGGGUUCACCUCCUCACUCCCACUCCUCCGUUGGCCGCCAUUCUAGGGAGUCCUCCACAAGUCGUUUCUCCGGUUUUCUUAAGACAGGGUCCGGUAAGAUCUUACCCAAUGAUGCCGGCCGUGGAAGCCAUCGCAAAGGCCAUAAGCCUUGGAAGGAACCCUUUGAUGCUAUCGAAGAAGAAGGUCUACUCGAUGAAGACGGCACCAAAAAGGGCCUUCCCCGUCGAUGUUAUCUUCUUGCUUUUGUUCUUGGAUUCAUCUUUCUAUUCUCUCUUUUCUCCUUGAUUUUGUGGGGAGCCAGUAAGCCUCAGAAGCCCAUUGUCACCAUGAAGAGCAUUACAUUCGACCAUUUCUCCGUUUCAGCGGGCUCGGAUGCCUCUGGAGUGGCAACCGAGAUGGCCUCCAUGAACUCCACCGUCAAGUUUACGUUCCGCAACACUGCAACUUUUUUUGGGGUCCAUGUAACAUCAACACCGCUCGAUCUAACCUACUACCAGCUCACCGUGGGCACCGGAACGAUGAAUUAUUUUUAUCAAUCAAGGAAGAGCCAGAGAACGGUAGCAGUGGUGGUAUCCGGAAACCAGAUCCCAUUGUAUGGAGGUGGAGCGAGUCUGAGUAGUUCGGGGGGAAACCUGACGACGCCGGUGUCUCUGAAACUUGACUUUAAAGUACGUUCAAGAGCUUACGUUCUGGGUCAGCUGGUUAAACCAAAAUUCUACAGAAACAUCGACUGCUCAAUCAUCUUUGAUCCCAAGAAGCUCCAAGUCCCUCUUCCUCUUAAGAAUUGCACAUACAAUUAAAUUUGUUUUUCAGUCUCAGAUGUAGCAAGCCCCAAGAAGCCAAUACUUGUCUUCCCUGUAGAUCAGAACUGAAGAGAUGACAGAGAGAGGGAAAAUCACUGAAUCAUUUUCCAUAAAUUAAUUAAUUUUUCCUUUUUUUUUUUUUUUUUAAUUACUGUGGCAAGGUGGAGACAGCUAGACGGGCAGCUUUGGGGAUGUCAGGGCAGGGGUUGCGUGACGCGGUUUUGGUUGCCCGGAUUUGCCCGAAUGAGUAAAGACAGCUUUAGAUUUGGUUGUUUAUUAAUAAAUAAAAAAUAUACAUAUAAGGAAAAAUUGAGUUUUGGGUUUUUCUAA